GUGUUUGAAUAAUGAAAUGCGUAAAACUGUCCACUCUAUUUUCAAAAAGGAAGGACCUGUACUCGUCAUAAUAGCUUGGCUGUGGAACAUCCUCGAUACGGAAAGCCUUGAAUUGUUGGGCAAAUUUCAAUCACGAAAAUUGCACACGCAGAUCAAAAUCACCAGUGGAGAUGAAGUUGUAGAAAACGUGGAUUAUUAUUCGGAAGAGAACAUUUAUGCUUACUCUCGCCAUGAGGUAGAAAUUCGCAACAAGUUACUUGAAAUUUUGGUCGCACGCCAAGAAAAAGACGCAGAAUCCGAAAAAAAUUGUGACAUCAAUAUUCCUUAA